AAUUCGUAAAUCGUAAUAUUUUGACAAUUUUGACGUUACAAGGUUUCGUUUUUCUACAUUACGUAAUGUACUGUCACUGGAUGGUCUUAUACGAUAUCAAUUCAAUUCCUUUUUCUAAUUGAAAAUUUGAACACCUGCGGUGAUUGUAGAACAACUCCGUCAUGAGUUUAUUGAAGGUCCAAUAUUAUGAUAAGCCAGAAGGGCAGGAUGUAUUCGGUAAAAUGGUAGCAACAAACAGAACCGCUCUCGCAUUUGGAUUGGUCACCUCGACCUAUGAUGUCCUGUUUUAUACGAAGCCGCAAGGCUACAUUAAAACCAUUGGACGGUAUGGCUAUUUUUGUGGUCCAUUUGUGGGUAUGGCAAGUGCUUUUACAAUGACUACUUAUGCUGCCAAUAGACUUCGUGGUAAAGAUGAUACAUGGAAUUAUAUGGCUGGUGCCUGUGCAUCCGCAGGCGUAUUCGGUGCUUGGCGUCGUAACUUUGUUUCCGGAUGUACAAUGGCUGUUUUCUUCUGCAUUGCUGCGGCCGUCAAGAAAUUGUCAAUAAGUGAAGGUUGGGAAUUCUUCCCCGCAUGGGAUAAGCAUAUUUACGGGAACGUUCGACACACUAAAUCAUACGAUUUCACUUUAUUGGAAGAAAGACCAAAAGGAUACACCACCAACAGAGAAUGAACGGAUUCAAGUUAGUUAUUGUAAAAAAAACGGGAAAAAAUUUAAUAAACCGAUGAAUCGAUUAUGGUGUAGUAGAUUUUGAA